UUCUUCUUCUUUAAAGCAUCGUUUGAAAACAUCACUGAUGUGGAGUACAAUGUUCUGUUAAAAGCAGGGACUGUUUUAUCGGGGAUAACUAUGAAUGUGUCGUUUCUUAUUGUGCUGUUUCUGUCUUGGGCGCAGCUUUUUGCCAUCAUAUUCCCUCAUAAACAGAAACAAGUCAUAACGCGCGUAAGAGCUACAGUUACUGUGAUCUUAGUCUGGAUUUACUCGCUGGUUUUCUCAUUUCUCAACAUCAUGGGUGUCCCAAAAGACGUUUAUCUAAAGCUUGAUGUUUAUAUGCAUCUAACUGCUGUCCAAAUUAUUAUUAUUUUGUCAUAUAUAGCUCUCUGCGUGGCAUACAAAAGGCAUUUGAAUAAGUUGAUACCGUUUCUUGAUAUAACCAAACCAACAUCACAUGCUAGUCGUGCAUUAGAGCACCAUCGCCGCACUCAACGCCAGCUCAUUGUUGUCAAUAUUAUGUUAACAGCUUGCUUAAUCAUUUUCGUCCUACCAGUUACGGUCGCUUGGUACGUAACACUAUACUGGCAUCCAAGCUCCUACUCCGACUAUCUCAAAUCAACCAUAGCGAGUAUCAUUGUUGAUACAACUUUGUAUAUGAAAUUUUUGAUUGAUCCGUUCAUUUAUGGUUGGCGGCUGCCGAAGUUUCGUCGUGCAGUGAUAGCCGUACUUCAGGGAAGAAGAACGUCAAAUUCUAUUUCCUUGGCAAUGUUUUCAAAAACACUGAACCAUGGAAACUAA